AAGAAAUCGUAGCGACUGUCUUCUUUCCAAGCAGACGGAUCAGUUACGAGGUACAACUGUCAGGAAGGAAUGCCUGAGAUAAUGAACUGCAACUGCCCGGUGACGCAGCCGGGGCCGACCCUGGCAUCGACAUGCGGCGGUUCAGCUUUCAUGCUCUUCAUGGGCCUUCUCGAGGUAUUCAUCAGGAGCCAGUGCGACCUGGAAGACCCCUGUGGUCGCCCGGAGUCCCGAUCUGUACCUGAUAGGGAGUACGACUUCAUCGUUGUCGGAGGAGGAAGCGCGGGCUGCGUAGUGGCCAGUAGAUUGUCUGAGGUGCCUCACUGGAGGGUACUUCUGGUGGAAGCUGGUAAUAACGAACCAACUGGUACCCAGAUCCCCUCCAUGUUCUUCAACUUCGUUGGAUCCUCAAUUGACUGGAAUUACAAGACAGAACCGGAGGAGAUGGCUUGUCUUAAUGAGGAUAAUCGCCAGUGCACAUGGCCUAGAGGCAAGGUUAUUGGAGGUACCAGUGUACUCAAUGGCAUGAUGUACAUACGUGGAGCCCGCAGAGACUACGAUGAUUGGGCCCAGAUGGGUAAUGUUGGAUGGAGUUACCAAGACGUGCUACCCUACUUCCUGAAAUCAGAAGACAACGAAGAGGCCGAACAGAUGGAUCCAGGUUACCAUGGAGUUGGAGGCCUCUUAUCGGUUUCUCGAUUUCCGUAUCAUCCUCCACUGUCGCAUGCUAUCAUCCAGGCCGCUAUGGAGCAAGGAUAUCCAGUUCGUGAUCUCAAUGGCGAAUCAAACAUGGGAUUCAUGAUUGCGCAAACUACAACAAGGAAUGGUAGCAGAUUGAGUUCAUCGAAAGCAUUUCUACGACCAGUGAAAAAUAGGCCAAAUCUUCACGUUAUGUUGAAUUCAACUGUAACCAGAAUUUUAAUUAACCAAACAAUGAAAGAAGCUUAUGGAGUUGAAGUCUUCACCAACGGCCGUCUGGAAACAUUUUUGGCUAAGAAUGAGGUAAUUUUAAGUGCUGGAGCAGUGAACUCGCCUCAGAUUCUUCUGCUGUCCGGAAUCGGUCCAGAAGCAGAUCUAAGAGCUCUUGGAAUACCUGUCGUUCAUAAUUUGGAUGGAGUUGGGAAAAACCUUCACAAUCACGUUGCUCAUUUUCUCAACUUCUUCAUAAACGACACAGCCACUACACCUUUGAACUGGGCCACUGCAAUGGAAUAUCUAUUAUUUCGGGAUGGUCUUAUGUCAAGUACUGGUCUCUCAGAAGUUACAGGGAUCAUAAAUACCAGAUUUGCAGACAAAAGUGGGGAUUUUCCCGAUCUUCAAAUGUUCUUCGGUGGUUUCUUAGCAAAUUGUGCACGUACUGGUCAGGUUGGUGAAAGAGAAGAUGGAAGCAAUGCUUCCACUUCUAAUCAACGAGUCAUUAACUUUACUCCAACACUCCUGCAUCCACGUAGCAGAGGUACAAUUAAAUUAAGAAGCCGAGAUCCAUUUGCACCCCCAUUGAUAAAUGCAAGAUAUCUAACUGAUCCUCAAGAUAUUGAAGUCUUAGUAGAUGGUAUAAAACUUGCUAUAAAGCUUUCUAAAUCUAAAGCAUUUGAAAAAUAUGGUCUUAAAAUAGACAGAACUCCUGUAAGAGGAUGUGAAACCCUUGAAUUUGGAUGUGAUGCUUAUUGGAGAUGCGCUGUUACAAGAGAUACUGGACCAGAAAAUCAUCAAGCUGGAAGUUGUAGAAUGGGUCCACGAGGUGAUCCAGGGGCAGUUGUAGAUCCACAACUAAGGGUUCAUGGUAUUGAUAAGUUGAGGGUAAUGGAUGCAUCUGUAAUGCCUAAAGUAACUUCAGGAAACACUAAUGCUCCAACAAUAAUGAUUGCAGAAAAAGGAUCUGACAUGACCAAGAACAGAUGGUUAGGCGCUCAUGUGUGGAGAAAGUGGUAACCCACAACUCUUUGAACCAAAAAUUUAGGGUUGAUAGGAAACAUUCUUUUUUUGAGCAUACGUUCUACUAUGUUCAUCAAUGUGUUCAUACCAAAUUUGAAUUUUAUUUCAGAAAUGUUCCUUGUCAUGAUUCCUUACAUACAUAUCAGCCAUUUCUUGAAGAGAUGAGUUUAUAGUAUAUUCAAAAUGAAAUUUUAAAAAAAUGUUUAGAUAUAAAAACAACUUAACAAAUGAUAAGAAAAUUAUCCUUUUUCUUUUGAGCACCAAUCAAAAAUAAUUCUGUUUUUGAAUUCAAAAUUGUUAUCCACUAGUGUUGCUAAUAAAUUAUUUAAGAUGGAAUCAUAAGAUUGACCAUUUUACUGUAAUAUUGAUAACUUUUAACUUUGGUACGGUACAAUAUUUAUUUUAAUGAAUAAAAAGUUUCUAACUUCACAAAAGUAUUCGUCAAUAAUAUGUACCCAAAUUAAUCAAGAUUAUUUAAUGAAAGAUGAUUUAUUUAUUAUAAUUGUAUAAACAUUCAUAUGACUGUUAACUUAGUUGUUUGUUAAUCAAUAACAUAAAUCUUUUUUUGUGAGUUAUCAUUAUUAUCAUUACCAAAUAUGUAAGGUGUGUUUAUGACAAUGCCUAAUUUCCAAGUAUCUUUUGAUUUCCAGAUGAAAAUGAUAGGUGUUUAUAAUUAUUUUAUUUUAUUAUUUUUUUCUUCAAGAAAAUUGUUGUUAUAUCUAUAUUACCCUACAAUGUAAUGUUUUAUAUAUUUAGAUAUUAAAUUACACCUUCACAGAAAUGCUAUUGUGAUUACUUUACAUGCCUAUAUUUGAUAUUUUCAAAUAUUUGUUAGUUCUUUAGAUUAAUAUAUGGAAAUAGUAACAUUUUCCUUCAAUAUAUUUUUUAGGGUUACAGUAAUUUAUCAUUUUUUUUUUUUUUUUUUAUAGAAAACCAUAAAAUAAAUAGAUAACAAAAUUCUGUACCGUAAAUUUGUCCACUACUAAUUUUCAGUAAUCAGAUGAAAAAAAAAAGUUAAAUCAUGUCCAAUUAACUAAAUAAAACUUGCGUUUUAGUAAGUGUUUCUUAGAGGAAAAUAUAGGCAUGGAUUAAAGCAAUCUUCUUUUUAUCUAUUUUCACUCUGGUGGCCCAAAAUUUUGAUUUUCAGUGUAAAUAUAUCUGUAAAUAUUUAUUUUAUUGAAAAUAUAUUAAAUCAUUAUUUAAUAAAAUAUAUAAUGUCAAAAUUUAUUUGAUGGUAUUUUUUUAUAUGUCUAUUAAAAAACAAUAUAUAAAACAUAAUUUAUUAAAAAUACAGUUUUUUGAUAUAAAAGAGAGGAUUAAAAAACAUUGAAAUUCUUCAUUUUAUUUAUAUACUUUUAUUCAGUAUUAUUAGUUAUAUAAAAACUAAUUUAAACAUUUAUUGAUUUUCAAAUAAUAGUGGAAGUUUAAGUUAAAAUAUUAUUAUGAUAAAAAUUAUUACUUUAUAAUCACAACCAAACAAAGUGAAGCAAUACUGGGAACAGAUAGGCCAGAGUUGCCGGUACCUAUUUUAAGAGCAUAAAGUAAUGAUUUCUACAGUGAUAUUUUUAAACUCAAAUAUAAUAUAGAAUAAUAUGACAAAUCACGGGAAUAUGUUGCAUCCUGCUUUUAAAAGAACCAAAUGAAGACAAUAAUCAAUUAUCGUAAAAUACUAUCAGACACAAUCCAGCCUUAAUUUUUAAACUUUUCAAUAAAUUACAAGUUACCUUAAGUGGAGUUUGCAUUUUAUUACAAAUAAAAAUAUGUUAUUAUACAUUAAUUUUUGCUUUCUAUUUAUUGCAACAUAGGAUUAAUUACAUAGUUGUCUUGAUAUUAAUGAAAUAGUUGUUGUUAAUUGAUAUUAUCAAUUGAGGGUUCGUCAGUAACCAGGGAUUUAUUCCUUAGCAAGUAUUUAUAGAAAACAAUAAAAUGAAUUCAUGAUAAAAGUAAGUAUAAAAAAAAGUUAUUUUAAAUAUGCAUGCAAUGAUAAUAAGUUUAUAAGGUAUUUUGUUAAUUUGUAAUAAUUGCUAUUAGCAAUUAUCAAUUAACAUUGAUUUCUUUUAAAUAAUCAUGUUUAUUUUAAAUUGUAUAAUAAUUUAAAUUAUUUCAUAAUGCACACAUUGUUUUCUCCAAUGUUUUAUAUUUUGUAAUUUUGAUAC